CGAUAUUACUGAACAUAUACAUUAAUAUAAAAUGAUUUAUGUGAAGGUGUUGCUGACUUUAUAUAAUGUGUUAUAUCAUCAGCAUCAAUUAAGAAUUAAAGAGAUAUAUCUGUGGUUCAGUAAAUGUUCUGGGGUCGAGUGGGACACACUACUGCGUCUGAGACAUUACUAGAGGAUCCUACUGGAGGAUUAAUAUAAGAAACAGUUGUCCUGUGAUAACCUUUACCGCCCGCCAUCACAGAGAGCCAAGACCUCACCAUCAUCACCAUCAUCCUCUAGUAUUAAACAGUUUAUUAUCUAAUGGUUUGUAUUUUCCUCUAAUAAUAUUAUAUAUGAGUCAUCUCGGGAAGAAGCAAAUAUAUACAGUUCAUAGUGAUGUUAGCCAAUGAGAAAGCAGUAUUAUCCUUGAGAAACGGUAUUGACCAAUCAGAAGCCAGGAAGAUGGUGUUGCUCUAUGGUUACAGUACACGUUGUUUGGGUACAGCAGUGACCACUACCUCUUAUAGUUAAUACUUUUUGUCAAGUUUAAGACCUUGUUAGAGCUCCUUCUUGAGUAUAGGUCAAGUACUUAUAUGUUGAGGUAUAUAAAGAAGAAAAAGAGAUAACCCAGAGGAGAAGAUAAGACACCCUCGACCACUACAUCAAGUCGUACUCGAGGAGGCUAAGAUGCUGUAUCUUGAGGAUUUUUUGGAAGUGAUAGAACAAAUUCCUCAAGAGAUACGUGAUCGGACGACAGACUUACGAGAGCUGGACCUGGGGAUACAAAACACCUCAGACCAGCUGGAAGAUCAGAUCAAAACAUUCUUUGGAAAUGCCAAGAAAAUGAAAGCCCAGGAGCGAGAUGCUGAGUAUGAGAAAAUAAGAAAAGAAUAUUAUAAGCUGCUGGAUGACGCUGACGAGAAGGUGAACAUAGCGACCAACAUGCACGAUUUAUUAGAGCGGUAUAUGAGGAAGCUAGAUCAGGAGUUGGAAAAGUUUAAGUGCGAGCUUGAGGCCGACAGUCCUGGAAUUACCGAAGUUUUGGAGAAACGAUCGUUGGAGUUAGACGAGCCUAUCAGAGACAAUCAGAAAGAAAACCGUUAUGUGGUCAUAAACUCGAGCUCUCGCAGCACGGAGCGACGGCAGUCAUCGACUUCGUCGGCGAUCGCCAUCAAGAAAGAGGAAAGGAUAGAGCCUAAUCUAACUUCAAGUAUGUCCGUCUCUCCUCCUCCGGCCUCGACCAUCUCCUACACGCUGGGUCACAUGGGGGCUGGUAGUAAUGCAAUUGCAGCUGCAGCAUCUCAGGCAAUUGCAGCAACUCAGCAGAUGCAGCAGGGUCGUCGCACGGCAAGUUUAAAAGCCUCUUACGAUGCAAUCACAUCCGGCGUCCAACCAACAGAAUUCUCUAUUGGUAGCGAGUUAGCAAAUGCAGCACAGACAGCCUUGGCAGCAUCUGCUUUACCCCAGGAGACGUGUAGCAGCAUGAACAGCGGCAGUACAAGCACAGGCUCCAGCAACAAGAAGCAGAAGAAGAAACAUAAUUCAGUCAGCAGUCUGGCCGCUACUGCAGUUAUGGAAGCUUCGCCUGCACCCUCGGAUGACCUCCUGCAAGAUGCCCUUAUUGAUCCAAAUUCGGAAAAUCCAGACUGGACGUACGACCCCAACGAGCCACGUUACUGUAUCUGUAACCAGGUGUCGUAUGGGGACAUGGUGGCCUGUGAUAACCCCAAGUGUCCCGUCGAGUGGUUUCACUAUCCAUGUGUUGGCAUCACUGCGCCUCCCAAGGGUAAAUGGUACUGUCCCCAGUGUGCCGCCGCUAUGAAUAGACGGGCAAGAAAGUGAGACGAUGGCGGUGCCGAAUCGAGCGACAAUACGUAGAAAACAUCCGAACGUGAUUUGUAAUGUAACGAGGUGACUGAUUAUUAGAAAAUAUUGAUGAGAAGUUUGUAAUAUGAAGAAGCAUAUUACUCUCAUGUUACUGUAGUGGUGAAGACAAAGGUGAAAUAAUCUAGGAGGUUGAACCAUGGAGGACUGACUGGUUCAGUUACUCGGUGGUUCGCUUCUCUUGGUAUUAGACAUAAUUCACUGUAGGUUUUGUUUGUAAUCACCAAAGUGUACGUAAGGAUUGCAGGCUGCCGCUAUCUUGUCAUUUUGUAAUUAAACAAACAAUUCAGUUGAAUAUUAUGAGGAAAACAAACCAUUAUUAAGGGCAAUAAAAUUAAAUAACCUCAUUGACUCUGAUCUGACCAGAGUUCUUUUUCUGUUUAUGACUGACCUCCUUCACCCACCAGUGAGGUCUUGACCAUUAAAACACUGCUCCCAUUAACAAGGUGGGAUUCUUGUUUUACUUCAUUACUCACGAUGAUGAUUUUAUGACCAAUGUUUAGUCUGUCUUGUUAUUUGAUUUGAUUAAACAGGAUAUAUUUUAAAUCAUAUUUAUAUGUUUCAACUGGAGACGUUGUCUCCCCUUAGCUUAUUUCACCUGACGAUUAAGCCAACCUAACCUAACCCCAAGGCACAGUAGUGUUAAGGUGUUUAAUCUUCUGGUAAAAUAAUCUGGGGCCGCUAAUCUUUGGGUGAUCCAAAUAUCUGACAUCAAAUUAUAAUGUGGGUUCCAGAAUAGGCCAAGGGCUUGUGCAGUAAGAGUCUUUAAUAUGUUGGACUGGUGUAAGAUAUUGUACUGCAACAGUUAUAUUUGAUGGGUUAGAAAAGCUUGCCUAGUCAAUUACAGGUACAGUACUGUAUUGUGAGCCUUUCACCAUUGAACCCUGUUAUUCUCUUCUGAGUACAUAUCCAGGGAAGUUGAAUGCAAAUUUAGAAAUAAAACAAAUAGCAAAAAGUAGUUGACUAAGAUACUGUAUACAGUACUGUGAUUGCAAGUGGAUUGUGUACCCAUUAACACCUCGGAAGCAUUAAGUUGGAAUUGCUAACUUGUACAGUAACUUCAGUCUAUUUUUGUAGCUUAAAGUGCCAUAUUGUUUUAGUAAGUGUAAAACUCACAGGAGACAUUCAUCCAGUGGAGGGCUUGUGUGUGGUUUGUGGUGGGUAGAAUCUUUUAAGGUACAGUGUAUAGCCUCUAUAAUUUUAAGGCUUAUUCCUGAUAAUUAUAACAUUAUUAAUACUCAGCUGGUGUAAGCAGGGGAGGGUGGUGGGAGAUGGUAUAUUGUAGUUCUUUUGUCUUGGAGGAAGGCAGUACUGUACUGUCCACACAUACUACUGGAUUGAUUAUUCCAUGCAUUUUUUCUUCAAGGUCUUUGUCAGUAUACAUUUAUUUUAUUUUAUAUAAUGUAAGUUUGCUUAACAUCCUGUAAUUAUUUUGGUAAUUUAUAAAAAUUUGGGGGUAAUGUUUUAAGACCGAAAUUAAUCUAGGUCUCUUGGGAAGCAUUUAUGUGAGAUGGAAUCCAAUUGUAAUUUCUGCUUUAUAAAAUAUAUAAUUUAGCUACCAUAAUCUUGUAUUGAUUAUGCACAAUAUAAAUUAUUCUGAAAAGUUUCCUACAUACGAAUAAUUAGUAAUUUUUCAUUUUAAAUAAUGUACGUACCUGUACUUACUGUGCUGUAUAUGUUAAUUUAAUAUGUAAUGUAUGUUUUAUAACUCCUGUGCAGAUGUGUCUCCACUGGCAGAGUUCUCUAGAAAAUUACAGUAUGGGAGAAACACAUUACAGCAAUUGUUGUCCUGUACUGUACCUCAACUAUGCUGUACUAGCACCUCAGAUGAUCACUGUGAGGUUAAUGUGGUGGUGAUGGUUUAGCUGUAGGUACUGUACUGUAUGUAAGAAGGUCUAAAAUCAAACUGUCUUGAUUCAGCAUUAGACCUGUUGCUAGACCUGUUGCUAUUAUUCACACAGAAGGCAACACUCCCCAUUGAAAAGAGUUUAUUGCCCCUACACAUCAUGGCAAGAUGAGUCAAGUUGAAAUAUCGUACAAUACCAGUCUUCUGACCUGAACAGCAUUUGUCUACCAGGAUGAUAUGGUUCUAGUUCUAUUGUGUGUAAUACAAGCAACCAUACUCUUAUAGAAAAACAUAGUGACAAUGGUUUAUGGUUUACCCAAGAAUGGUUCCCUUGACGAUGACCUGAAGUAAAUACUGUGAGAUUAUACCAGUAGUUGUGGUAGUUGAUGUGAAUGCUGUGUGUUGCUCCACUUGUUUUGCAGAAAGGUAUACAGUACUGUAGGCUGUACAGACCUAGAUAAUAUUUAAGGCUUACAGUACUGUACCAGUCAUAAUAAAACUGUAAGAAUAUAAGUACAGCAGCUGACUGUCUAUGAGUUUCUUUUAUUGAAGUUAAAUUGAAAAAUUGUGUAUCAUUGACUAUAAAUUGAAGGAUGUAUUGAGAGGUCUAUCCUAUCCAUAACCCACACAGCAUGUCACUGUUUACACUAAAAUACUGUACUGUAUAUUAUUGAUUGUAACCCUUGCUGGGUCCAUGGUAUUUUUUCUUUAGUUAAUUGCUUUGAGUUUUGUUUUAUUUCCAGGUAAUUAUUGCAUACAUUGAGAGGUUCCUGUAAUGAGUAUUGAACAAGUUAUAUUGGUGAUACGGCAGGGGGUGAGGGCAUGUAAGUUGGGGGUUCUAUUUGUAGGAAGAAAAUUGUAGAUAAGAGUUUUCAGCAGAAGUGUCCCUAAUGCCCGGCUCAGGUGUUAUUUAAUACAAACAUUUUAUUAGGGUUAGUCACUUGAUUUUAGUGUAGUGUAGUUGAAGAAUAGAGAUGUGAACCCCUAUCUUACCUACUUAAAACAAGAGUAUCACAAACCAGUACUGUAUAAUAUGUACGGUAUCCUGCUUCUAACUACUGUACCGUAUCCUCAUUUAUCUUCAAAAUUAGUGACUCCACAGCUAAGUGCCACAGCCUGGGUUCAGUUCACGGCCGACCUUUACUCACCUAUCGAGUUCUUGCCAAUGUGGUGAAAUGACCCAUUGGUGGAGCAGUAGUUCAACAAGGGAGUAAAGGUGACUCACUAGCUGCCAUAACCAAAACUUGGGGCUCAAAGCUGGGAUAAGGCUUAUGCUUAUGUCAACACUAGUCCAUAUAAUUUUUAUUUUACUUGGGAUACAGUACUGUACAGUGAAAUGAUCUAUAAUUUACUUAGUGUCUGCUCACCUGUUAACUCUCCCAAUAUACAGGUACACUUAUUACUAUACCUGUAGUUAAGAUGACUUUGUAUGUAUGAGGGUAAUGUUGCACUGUAUUUUAUUUUCUCUUAAAUAUUUCACAUGUAAAUAGCAUAAAAGUCUACAAUACACCGGAUUGUAACUUUCACAUUGGGGUGCUGAAGAGUGUGAUAAUAUAGUGUACAUUUGUUUUGUAUAUAGAGAUUCAAUACACUGUAAUUUUUGUAA